UGUCGGCCUCUUUCUAUAUAUAUACAUAUUGCCCAUUACGGCGGUGGUACCUCUUCUUCUUCUCUCUCUACUCCAGCGCAAUCUCACCUCUUUCAACUCUCUCUCUCUCUCUCUGGUAUGGCCACACAAGCAAGCCUCCUCCUUCAGAAACAACUCAGAGAUCUUUGUAAGCACCCUGUUGAUGGGUUCUCGGCAGGUUUGGUUGACGAGAGCAACAUCUUUGAAUGGAGUGUUACCAUUAUUGGACCCCCUGAUACUCUUUAUGAUGGUGGAUAUUUCAAUGCCAUCAUGAGUUUUCCAUCUGAUUACCCAAACAGCCCACCAACAGUGAAGUUUGUUUCGGAGGUUUGGCAUCCCAAUGUUUAUCCUGAUGGGCGGGUUUGCAUAUCAAUUCUUCAUCCUCCUGGUGAUGACCCCAAUGGCUAUGAGCUUGCAAGUGAACGCUGGUCACCUGUGCAUACUGUUGAAAGUAUAGUUUUGAGUAUCAUUUCAAUGCUUUCCAGUCCAAAUGAUGAAUCUCCAGCAAACGUGGAAGCAGCAAAAGAAUGGCGAGAGAUGAAGGAUGAAUUCAAGAAAAAAGUUGGCCGCUGUGUGAGAAGAUCACAAGAAAUGUUAUGAUCAGCUGCCAUCUUCUCGUGUGUACCAGAUUGUAAUUUUUGUGAGGAAGGACAAGUUCAAUAUAUUGGUUGUUGAUUCGUAGCAAAACUCUGGUUGAAGUUCUCAGACCCGUUUGUUCUUUUCCUUAUAUAUUUAUCUUCAGGUUAUCCUCAUAAACACAUUUCUGUAUUCAAGUGGUUUGGUUAGGGUUUGAGGGGUUGGUACUCUUUGCACUGGACUCAUAUAUGCCUAGGUAGUUCUUGCUUGAUUAAUUUUUUUUUUUCAUUUUCUGUUUUUUGUACUUUAUUUAUUUAUUAAUUUUUUUUUUGUUUAUUGGAACAAUUUUUUUGGAUUUAGUUUGGAAUUCUGUUUGAAGUGUAGAUUUUACAUUUGGGUUGGGUCUGUUUUUUGGGAUUGAGUUUUCUUCCUUGUACAAGAAGAUUAAAUUAUAUGAGAAUUCUAGUUAGUGCAGUUAACAAAAUUCUGCAA